AUGACUGGAGAGAAUGCACCGCGGCUAACUGGAGCAGCGACUGCUUACCCGCAUCCAUCACCCCGGCAGCCAUCUUCCCCCGUGCAGCAACAGCAACAUCAUCAUCAUCAUCAGCAGCAGCAGCAGCCACACCAUCAUCAGUCUCCACUAGCUCAGCUGUCACCCUCAACCGUCAAAGCAUCUCCCCAGCAGACCCCGGGACUCCUUGAUGCCAUCGGCGGGAGUGCCGAGCCCUCAGCAAAAAGAGGCAUGCGCUCGCAAAUUGCGUGUGCCAGAUGCCGCCGAAGUAAGACCAAGUGCGUAAACGCUGGUCAGGGUACGACGUGCGAGGCUUGCGCAAACACCAAGCGCGACUGUAUUUGGGAUCACGCCGCCGCGGCCACCAUCACCGGCCCGCUGCGGCGUGAUAGUACUGCCGACCUCGACGCUCCGCCAAAGAAGCGUCGCAAACUUUUAGCUCCUACAGCAACGCCAGCCCAGCGUCCUGUUGAGGGACUGGGCACAUACGAAGAUGCCCUCCAAUCACCUUUACUGACAGCCCAAGUUUGGGAAGAGCUGUUUGUCAUUUACGAAAAACACUUCUCUAUUGACUUCCCCUUCCUACACAAAAGGACCUUCUUAAGUGCUGUGCAGCAACAACUGCCGUCGGCCAACUUCUCUGAUGCCAAGUCUCCGGCCCAGACCCAAGCGCCACAGCCAUAUCCGCCGUUACUGUUGGCUUUCCUCACCCAGACUGCCCGAUUCCACGACAAGCUGGUACAGCAUGGACAGGAUGCUAUCAAGACUGCCGAGUUUUAUGCCCAGGCGACGCGCACGCAAAUGGGCACUGAUAUUUUCGGCCUGCCCAGUCUAGAAAAGAUUCAGACCCUCCUCUUGCUGGGCUACUAUGAGUGGACCGCCCUACAAGGCGUCGAGGGCUGGAUCAAGAUCGGGAUUGCUAUAAGAUGUGCCAUAGUCCUUGGCUACCCGCAUCUAGACGUCGAUCACAAAGGACAGCCGAUACCACUCCGAAAGGACGAUAGCAAUCUUUCCGAGAAAGACCAUGUCAUCCUGCGAGAAACUCAACGCCGCACCUUCUGGAGUUGUUGCCUUAUGGACUCCUAUCUGAGUUGGGGCGAAAAUCGUCCCCCAAUGUUGAGGCCAGAGCAUUUCCAGAGAACCCAGCUUGUGUGUAGUGAUGAGGCAUUUAAUUAUGGACGUAAAGCACGUACAAGACUACUGGGUGAAGACGAUGAAGCGUACGCGAGACGCAGAAAGGCGUGGGACGACCAUGCAAAGAGUAUCAAUAGCGACCACAACGGUCCCCAUCAAUCCGAUAGUGGCAGAUGGGAGAUUGGAGAACACGAGGCUGAGCUCACUUGGUACAUCAAAGUUGUUGUCGUCUUUGGUGAGAUUGUCUGGUGGUCUUGCAACAGUGGAAGACGGCAGGAAGGCAAAACCCCACCAUGGAACCCAACAACGACGUUCAAAAAACUCGAAGACAAACUCAAGCGGCUGAAGCACGACCUGCCCAAGGAUCUUCAGCUCACGCCAGACAAUACCGAGGAUCGAGUUUUUACCAACCCCGGCAAAUACGUUUCAAUACAUGCCAUGUAUACCUUGUGCUUCAUUUGGCUAUACAGGGAGUACAUGCCCACGUCGCCAUGGGCAUUGACUCGUCCCGUGGGUCCCUUGGACGAACCAACCAUCGACGAACCCCCUCCUGAACCAGACUAUUGGAUCAACCAAGCCAAAGAUUGCGCAAAAGCCUGUAGCGAUUUCACGAACUUGCUUCAUAAAAUCGGUUUCCCUAAAGCUCGCAGCAACCCAGUGCAAACCCCCAUGGUAGCGUUUGCUUGUUUUGCUGUGGGAAUAUGCACCAUAUAUUGUCACUAUUUCCCGAACAUGGAUCCAGAUAGCGUCAUUUCAUCGCGCCUGGAACCUAGGGCUCACGAUGUCGCGAAUAGCUUCCUGCUUCACAUUCUAGACCGCUUCAAGAUGGCUCGCUCGUGGAUCUGUCAACUGGCCGAGUGGCAAAGAUACUAUCGCGAAGAAAGGAAAAAGUACAAGAAAUUUGGUGGCAAUGUUGACGAUUCUCCAAAGACCAAUUCCAGCGAUGGACAUGGCAGCGGCGGGCUGAAAGACUAUACGACAUUCUUCGAAAAGAUGCACAAGCAAUUUGGGAAUACCACCAGUGACGACAGCCAUUGGGCUACCAAAGAGGCGGACCUAGCCGAUACUAGGUUACCACACGACGAGGAUUCUGCAGAACGCACCCUUCCUCCUAUUGUUGCCGCGAUCAAACAUGAGAAAGAACGGGCACCUGACGACAAAUCUAAUCAACAUGCUGUGGCACCAGCCAAUUUCACAGCUGUUAAUCAAUCACAGCCUUCGGUCGUGGCUGCCUAUGGACCUCAAGUCAGCGCUCAUAACGCCUACAGCGACAACAACAAUCCUCAGUACUCUGUACAGCGCCCACCGCUGUCUUAUCAAAACAAUUACCCUGUGACUAUGACUCCCGAGCGAAACAAUUUUACCCCGCAGUUUCAACCACCACCGCCAUCGGUUCCAGUUAAUACCACAUAUCAGAGCCAAGGCUGGAUACAACCCAUGGAUAUGAAUGCUGCUAGAACAGCUAUGGAGAACGUGGGCCAAGAGUCUAUCAAUAAUUGGAAUACUUUCGACCCUCUCAUGUCAGCUACACCAGGGCAGUAUCCCAACAUGUCUUGGGACGCUAUGAAUUACGACGACAAUAACAACACACCCUUUUACGCACCGGGUGCUGCUCCUAAUUAUGCAAAUCACCAGCAGCACUGA